ACCCUGUUAUUAGAAAAACCUUCACAAUUCGCUCACAAAAUUAUUUUCACAAAUGGCUUCAGUGGCGAUAACCAGAAAAAACCACUUAAUAUCUUUUCUGAUCCACCGUUGCCGUCGUACAACCACCAACAGCCGCCACAGUUUCUCUACUUCAACUACCGGAACCAAAAUCCUCGAAACAUUUAGAGAAGAAUUCGAAAUCGGAUCACGCGUCAUCUCGUUAGAAACAGGGAAGAUUGCUCGGUUCGCAAAUGGCGCAGUUGUGUUAGGGAUUGAUGAUACUAAUGUGCUUUCAACUGUUUGUUCUGCUAAAGGCGACGGUCUUCGUGAUUUCUUACCUCUCACUGUUGAUUAUCAAGAGAAACAGUUUGCUCAAGGAGUAAUUCCAGGUACAUAUAUGAGAAGGGAGGGUGCUCCUAAAGAACGAGAGCUUUUAUGUGGGCGUCUCAUUGAUCGACCUAUACGCCCCCUUUUUCCGGCUGGGUUUUACCAUGAGGUCCAGGUGAUGGCUAGUGUGCUUUCUUCAGAUGGGAAACAGGAUCCGGAUGUAAUGGCUGCUAACGCCACUUCUGCUGCUCUUAUGCUAUCGGAUAUACCAUGGGGUGGUCCUAUCGGAAUGAUACGUGUAGGGAGGAUCAACGGGCAUCUUGUUGUAAAUCCAACCAUGGACGAGCUUAAUAUGAGCGAUCUCAACCUUGUUUAUGCCUGCACAAGAGAUAAGACCUUGAUGUUAGAUGUCCAAGCACAUGAGAUUUCUGAAAGAGACCUUGAAGCUGCAUUUAGGUUUGCUCACCCCGAGGCAGUUAAGUUCAUUGAGCCACAACUGAGACUCGCUGCAAAAGUGGGGAAACAGAAAAAGGAUUAUAAACUGUCCUUAAUUUCUGAAAGAACAAUGGACAAGAUCCGUAACUUGGCUGAAGCUCCUAUCGAAGCAAUCUUCACAGAUCCUUCCUAUGGAAAGUUUGAACGUGGGGAAGCCUUAGAUAAAAUUGCACAAGAUGUGAAAUGUGUACUAGAGGAAGAAGGUGAUGAAGAAAGCUUAAAAGCUGUAUCAAAGACGGUUGAUACUGUGAGAAAGCAGGUAAUACGCAAAAGGAUCAUUACUGAAGGGUUUAGGCUUGACGGAAGACGUCUUGAUGAGGUUAGACCCGUGUAUUGUGAAGCUGGUAACUUGCCUGGAUUGCAUGGAUCAGCCCUUUUUUCACGUGGAGAUACCCAGGUUCUUUGUACUGUUACUCUUGGGGCACCUGGGGAUGCUCAACGUUUGGAUUCUAUUGUGGGUCCUCCAACCAAGCGAUUUAUGCUUCAUUAUAGUUUUCCACCUUACUGUAUAAAUGAAGUUGGAAAGCGCACUGGCUUGAACCGCCGUGAAGUUGGACAUGGUACCCUUGCCGAGAAAGCUCUUCUUGCUGUAUUGCCUCCUGAACUUGACUUUCCAUACACCGUCCGUAUUAAUUCAGAAGUCAUGGGGUCUGAUGGUUCGACAUCGAUGGCAACUGUCUGUGGAGGGAGUAUGGCUCUAAUGGAUGCUGGCAUCCCUUUACAAGAUCAUGUUGCAGGUUUGUCAGUUGGUCUCGUUACUGAAGUUGACUCAUCAACUGGCACUAUCAAUGAGUACCGCAUAUUAACUGAUAUUUUGGGUCUCGAAGAUCAUCUUGGGGACAUGGAUUUUAAAAUAGCAGGAACACGAAAUGGAAUUACAGCAAUUCAGUUGGACAUAAAGCCUGCUGGAAUCCCUCUUGAUAUCAUUUGUGAGUCACUGGGACCUGCAUACAAAGGCCGACUCCAAAUACUUGAACAUAUGGAGCAAGAAAUAAAUGCAGCACGUGCUCAAGAUGGAAGAAAUUCUCCUCGAUUAGUUACUUUAAAAUACAGCAAUGAUGAUCUACGCCGCUUGAUUGGACCACUUGGUGCCUUAAAGAUGAAAAUCGAAGAAGAGACAGGUGCUCGUAUGUCUGUUAGUGACGGAACACUUACUAUACUUGCUAAAAAUCAAUCUGUAAUGGAAAAAGUGCAGGAAAAGGUUGAUCUAAUAAUUGGGCGAGCAAUUGAAGUAGGAGGUGUUUACAAAGGCAUCGUAACUGCAAUAAAAGAGUAUGGGGCUUUUGUAGAGUUCAAUGGUGGCCAACAAGGCCUCUUACACAUUUCCGAAUUGUCACAUGAACCGGUAUCCAAAAUUUCAGAUGUAGUUUCAGUUGGGCAACAACUUUCUUUAAUGUGUAAGGAGCAGGAUAACCGUGGUAACAUAAAACUCUCUCUAAAAGCCACUUUACCUCAAAAGAGCAAAAACGUUUUUGUGGCUGAAACUUCUUCGAGCACAUCAAAACAAAUGCCCAAUAGUUUCAAACCUGGUGGAAAGACACCAAAUCAACAAGAUCAGAAUAAUGCGGUUAACAAUUUACUUGAAGACGAAGAUAACAGUACUAAGUCAAAAUCAUCUUAUUCCUCAACAUCACCUAUUGUGAUUCGCAGUGCUGUGGAGUGUGACGAGGAGGAAAAGUCAGCAGGUUUAGGCUCAAGUUUGAAAGAUAACAGCAAAGCCCAACAGUCUAUAAAAUCAAAAUCUGCUCAAAAGCCCAAAACCAUAAAAGCAUUAAGCAAAGAGCUUGAGUUAGCCUCCGUUUCAUCUAAAAAAGACAGAAAUAGCAAACCUUUUCUGCUCACUGAAAAGAGAAAUAAUACUUAUACAAGCUCCGAAGAAGAAGAAAAAGAUGGGGAUAAACGUCCAACUGAAACCUUAGCACAUUUUCUAAACCAUUUAGGAGAUCAAGAAUCCAAAGUUGAGGGUCCAAUUGAUGCAAAAAAGCUCAAACUUGGAACCAAAGUAACUGCAACGAUCAUUCAAGUACGUACGCGUGGAUUAGUACUAGACUUGGGUGGUGGAAUCAAUGGGAUGUACCGGUUUGAGAGUGGUGGCAAAAGGGAGUUUGAAGUUGGCGAUGAGGUCCGCGUACAAUGUACAAGUUUUACCAGCAAAGGCAUACCUGUAAUGUCUAUUAUUCAGGAUGCUUAGCGACUUCUACAAUCAGCUUUCACCAAAUAUGAUACUUGGGCUAAGCGUCAAGUUGGUGAUUUUUCGUUUUUUGAUCAUACAAAUAUUUUUCCAUGAGGCUGUUGCCUUCUAGCCCCAUUUUGAGGUGGCCCAAGUACCCAUGAUCAAUCAGGAAAGGUGUAAUUGUCAUGGUGGUUUAUGGCCCUGUUAGGUUUUGCCAAAAGACGGAUACGACCUUUUGUAUAUUGGGGCUAUGUUACUUGCAUUAUGGGUUUUUUUUACCAACUUAUACGGGUCAAAAAGAAUGGUCUGGUUCAGGUAGGAGUAAAAACUUUGCAGACUUCAAGAGGCCUACUGAUGGAAAACUUGACAGACUGAUUGAUCGACGACUUAAAGGACUAUAUGAUUGGUCAUGUACGGAGUUAUGCAGAUUGCUAAUUAGAGUUUUGUUUUAAUUUUUGAAAUGUCCUACAACCUAUGAAUCUGGUUAGUUAUGAAUGCUUUGUAAGUUAUAAAAAUAAGCUUCACUAA